GACUGUCAGUCAGAGUGGUUUCAGAGUCUGUCAGAGUGUUUCAGAGUCUGUCAGAGUGUUUCAGAGUCUGUCAGAGUGAUGAUGAAGAUGAUGAUGAAGGUGAUGAAGGUGUCGGAGCUGCUCCUCAUCCUCGUCCUGUGUCCUCGGUGUCUCCUUCUGUGCAGAAGAUCAUCAGGAUCUUUGUAUCGUCGGAUGUUCAUCCUCUGAUGGAGAGAGCAUGUACGCACUGGAUGGAGAAGAGAUGUGGUACGCAGACUUCAUCAAAAGAGAAGGAGUAGAGCCUCUGCCUCCCUUCAUUGAUCCUAUCACCUACGUGGAUGGAACUUAUGACAAUGCUGAGGUUAAUCUACAGAUCUGCAAAGAUAACCUGAAGAAGAGGCGUAAUGCUAUGAAGGAAAUCCCACUGGAAUCUGAUCCUCCUUCCACUCCCAUCAUCUACAUCAGAGACGAGGUGGAGCUCGGAGUCCAGAACACGCUGAUCUGUCAUGUGACCGGUUUCUAUCCUGCUCCUGUUAAAGUCUACUGGACCAAGAACGGAAAGAACGUGACCGAAGGAACCAGCAUCAAUGUUCCUUACCCCAACAAAGACGGUUCCUUCAGACAGUCCUCCAGACUGGAGUUCAUCCCACAGCUGGGAGACAUGUACAGCUGUUCAGUGGCACACCCAACACUGAGCCAACCACUGACCAGGAUCUGGGAUGUGGAGGUGCAGCAGCCAGGUGUUGGACCUGCAGUGUUUUGUGGACUGGGUCUGACUAUCGGUCUGCUCGGUGUGGCAGCUGGAACCUUCUUCCUCAUCAAAGGAAACGAGUGCAGCUGAUUGGCUGAUGAUGUUAAUAAUUAAUGAGUAUAAAGUAAUCAGUUAUUGGCAGAAGUUAAACAGCUACUAUCACUGUACGUGUGUUUUAUAUUUUAAUCAUUAAAUUCAU